GCAGACUAUGUCAGAGAGCCACAAUGAUCGUGCACAAUAACAGUUCAAACUCUCCUCUGUUUGCAAAUGUGAGCUCCUUAUGGAAGAGAGAUUCCCAUGGACCAGGACUACUUGACGAAGCAGCAUCGCUCAUUGGCAGCUAUGAUUUCCCUCAGACAACAGAGAGUUUUCCCUUCUCCACUGUGAGAUCAGCAAAUACGUCCCUAAAUGCCACAAGCAAAGACCCUCUGGGUGGGCACAGUGUCUGGCAAGUGGUUUUGAUUGCUUUUCUCACUGGGACCCUUGCACUGGUGACCAUCAUAGGAAACAUCCUAGUAAUUGUUGCGUUUAAGGUUAACAAACAACUGAAAACAGUCAACAACUACUUCUUGCUAAGUCUUGCUUGUGCAGAUUUGAUCAUUGGAGUAAUUUCCAUGAAUCUCUACACCUCGUACAUCAUCAUGGGCCACUGGGCUUUGGGAAGCUUGGCCUGUGAUCUUUGGCUCGCCCUUGACUAUGUCGCCAGUAAUGCCUCCGUCAUGAAUCUCCUCGUUAUAAGUUUUGACAGGUAUUUUUCCAUCACUAGGCCGCUUACGUAUAGAGCCAAACGAACAACCAAAAGGGCUGGAAUUAUGAUUGGUUUAGCGUGGGUCAUCUCUUUCGUUCUUUGGGCCCCUGCCAUACUGUUUUGGCAGUAUUUUGUUGGGGAGAGGACUGUCCCUCCUGGUGAAUGUUUCAUCCAGUUUCUAAGUGAACCUAUCAUCACUUUUGGCACUGCCAUAGCUGCCUUUUACUUGCCAGUCACCAUUAUGAGUAUUUUGUAUUGGAGGAUCUACAAGGAGACGGAGAAACGCACCAAAGAGUUAGCAGGGCUCCAGGCUUCAGGCAGCGAGGCGGAGGCGGCGCGCUUCGUGCACCAGACCGGCAGCUCCCGCAGCUGCAGCAGCUACGAGCUGCAGCGGCAGAGCAUGAAGCGCUCCUCGCGGAGGAAAUACAGACGCUGCCACUUCUGGCUCACCAUGAAGAGCUGGGAACCCAACACAGACCAGGGAGACCAAGAGCACAGCAGCAGUGACAGCUGGAACAACAACGAUGCUGCCGCCUCUCUGGAGAAUUCAGCCUCCUCCGACGAAGAAGACAUUGCUGCAGAGACCAGAGCCAUCUAUUCGAUCGUGCUGAAGCUACCUGGUCACAGCGCCAUCCUCAACUCCACAAAACUACCUUCUUCAGAAGAUUUGCAUGAUUCAGGGGAUGAACUGCAGAAAUCUGACACAGAUUCCAAGGAAAUGAAAGUUAAAAAAAUGCACCCUCCAAAAAGUUUUCAGGAUGGUGGAAGUUUCCAAAAGAGCUUUUCAAAGCUUCCUAUUCAGCCAGGGUCAGCAGUAGAAUCGGCCACAGCAUCUGACGGCAUUUCACCAGUGGCCAAGACAUCUUCAGCCUUGCCUUUGUCCUUCAAGGAAGCAACCCUGGCAAAAAAGUUUGCCGUGAAGACCAGAAGUCAGAUCACCAAGCGAAAACGGAUGUCACUUAUCAAAGAAAAGAAAGCGGCACAAACGCUCAGUGCCAUUUUGUUGGCCUUCAUCGUUACCUGGACCCCCUAUAACAUCAUGGUUCUGGUGAACACCUUUUGCAAAAGCUGUAUCCCCAAACCUGUCUGGGACCUGGGGUACUGGCUUUGCUACAUCAAUAGCACGGUGAACCCCGUUUGCUAUGCACUGUGUAACAAAACUUUCAGAACCACUUUCAAGAUGUUACUGCUGUGCCAGUGUGACAAACGGAAACGACGCAAACAGCAGUAUCAGCAAAGGCAGUCUGUCCUUUUUCAUAAGCGGAUCCCGAGGGAGGCUUCCUAGAGUAGUGUUUUUUAAACAAAUAAAACAAUAACGGGGGAGGAUGGGACGGGACAGAAUGGGAUGCAAUGGGAUGGGAUGAGAUGGGAUGGGAUAG